AUGGGUCGCCUGAACUACAGUUAUGCCAAGAGGUCAACCGAGUUAUCUAUUACCGAGGGAUGUCUAGUAUAUGGAGGAAGAGUAGUGAUUCCAUAUUCACUACAAAAGCAAGUAUUGUCUGAACUACACACAGGACAUAUACGAAUGGUGCGAAUAAAGGAGACGGCUAGAAGUUUUGUGUGGUGGCCUGCCUUGGACAGAGAUGUUGAGAGUAUAGUCAGAUCAUGUUCCACGUGUCAGGAACAACGGAAUAAACCUGCAAUUUCAACGCCAACUCAUCCUUGGAUAUACCCGGAAGGUCCUUGGGAACGUGUCCACGCAGACGUUGCGGAGUACGGAGGAAGACACUACUUAUUGUUGGUAGAUGCGUUUUCAAAGUGGCCAGGUCCAUGA